ACGGCGUUUACCACCUAUUCCCAGUAAGGUGCGCGUGCACGUUUUAGCCUGUUGGCUGGCUACAGCAUUGAGCUGAGCCACAGACUUGUUACUCUCUCAGCGAUUGCAUUAUGCUUCGGUAUUCUGCAGGCGCCUAGCCCACUCUUUGGAAACGAGUGGCUGACGUAUUCGAGGAAGAACAUUUCUGCUGUUUGAAACUUCAAAUUUUCACGCUGCAAUGCUCCAGAGCUCCACUCUCUUUCAUUACGAUACUCUCCAUACGUGUGUUUCGGUAGGCUAACUCAUCUGGGCACCCGGCAGCCUUAAAUUAUACUAAAGGAAGGCAUUUUUUGCCUACGCUGACAAGCUUGAGAACGUUUUAAUUUUAUUUCACACGAAGGGAAAGAAGAAACUGAACGGGGGGACAUACUUGGUGAAGUUUCCACCACUUGAGCAGUCUUGUCCUUUGAGAGCUAUGGGCACACUGCGCGAUCUCCAGUACGCCUUACAAGAGAAGAUUGAGGAACUGAGACAGCGGGACGCACUUAUCGAUGAGCUGGAGUUGGAACUAGAUCAGAAGGACGAGUUGAUUCAGAAGCUACAGAAUGAGCUGGAUAAAUACCGUUCUGUUAUUAGACCGGCAACCCAACAGGUCCACAAACAGAGCGUCUUGCAAGAACAGCAGAGAACCAAGAGGCAGGCUAUUUCAGCGGAGCCUACAGCCUUUGACAUUCAGGAUCUCAGCCACGUUACUCUCCCCUUCUACCCCAAGAGCCCACAGUCCAAGGAUUUAAUCAAGGAAGCUAUUCUGGACAAUGACUUCAUGAAGAACCUUGAGAUUUCUCAGAUCCAGGAAAUAGUAGACUGCAUGUAUCCAGUAGAAUAUGGAAAGGACAGCUGCAUCAUCAAAGAGGGUGAUGUGGGAUCAUUGGUGUAUGUUAUGGAAGACGGGAAGGUGGAGGUGACGAAGGAGAGCAUGAAGCUGUGCACCAUGGGGCCCGGGAAAGUGUUCGGGGAGCUGGCCAUCCUCUACAACUGCACGAGGACCGCAACGGUUAAAACUCUCACCAACGUGAAGCUGUGGGCCAUCGACAGACAAUGUUUCCAGACCAUCAUGAUGCGCACGGGGCUGAUCAAGCACGCCGAGUACAUGGAGUUUCUGAAAAGUGUUCCUACAUUCCAAGGCCUUUCUGAAGAGAUCCUGAGCAAGCUUGCUGACGUACUUGAGGAGACGCACUACGAGGACGGGGAGUACAUCAUCCGGCAGGGCGCCACAGGAGACACCUUCUUCAUCAUCAGCAAGGGGAAGGUGAACGUGACGCGAGAAGAUUCGCCCAGCGAGGACCCGGUCUAUCUACGCGCGCUAGAGAAGGGAGACUGGUUCGGAGAGAAGGCCCUGCAGGGGGAAGAUAUCAGGACUGCCAAUGUCAUCGCUGCUGAAGCUGUCACUUGCCUGGUCAUUGACAGAGACUCUUUUAAACACUUGAUCGGAGGCCUGGAAGAUGUUUCCAACAAAGGUUAUGAGGAUGCCGGGGCCAAAGCAAAAUACGAAGCGGAGAACGCCUUCUUCUCCAACCUCAAGCUGGUGGACUUCAACAUCAUCGACACGUUGGGAGUGGGAGGAUUCGGCCGCGUCGAACUGGUUCAGCUGAAGAGCGACGAGGUGAAGACGUUCGCCAUGAAGAUCCUGAAGAAGCGCCACAUCGUGGACACGCGGCAGCAGGAGCACAUCCGCUCGGAGAAGCAGAUCAUGCAGGAGGCCCACUCCGACUUCAUCGUGAGACUGUACAGGACUUUCAAGGACAGCAAGUACCUGUACAUGCUAAUGGAGGCUUGCCUGGGAGGUGAAUUAUGGACCAUUCUUAGGGACAGAGGUUCAUUUGAAGACUCAACGACCCGCUUCUACACGGCGUGCGUGGUGGAAGCGUUCGCUUACCUGCAUUCCAAAGGAAUCAUCUACAGAGACCUCAAGCCGGAGAACCUCAUCCUGGAUCACAGAGGCUACGCUAAGCUAGUGGACUUCGGCUUCGCCAAAAAGAUUGGGUUCGGGAAGAAGACGUGGACUUUCUGCGGAACGCCGGAAUACGUAGCGCCGGAGAUCAUCCUGAACAAAGGGCAUGACAUCUCCGCAGACUACUGGUCGCUGGGCAUCCUCAUGUACGAACUUCUGACCGGCAGCCCACCGUUCUCCGGCCCUGACCCAAUGAAAACAUACAACAUCAUACUGAGAGGCAUAGACAUGAUUGAAUUUCCAAAGAAGAUUACCAAAAAUGCUGCCAACUUAAUAAAGAAGCUAUGCAGGGACAAUCCUUCUGAAAGACUGGGAAACUUGAAAAACGGUGUCAAAGAUAUCCAAAAGCACAAGUGGUUCGAAGGCUUUAACUGGGAAGGGCUGCGGAAAGGAACGCUGACACCCCCUAUCGUCCCCACUGUCUCGUCACCAACGGACACGAGUAACUUUGACAGUUUCCCUGAGGACAAUGACGACCCUCCUCCAGAUGACAACUCUGGCUGGGACACAGAUUUUUAACCACUCCCCCUUACUCGACUUCUACUCCGCCCCAUCCCCAGUCCUUAUACCCUACUUCCCAAACCCGCUUCUGUGUAGCCUGGGGCAGCUUCAACAGAGCUGCUGAAACAAAAAAAAAAGGAAAGAGAGAAAAUGGCGGGAGUAAAACUGCAAAGAGGAUGAGAAGGGGAACGCAAUGCUCUGGGUCACCAAAGAUGCCUUCACCGAUGCUGCCGCCGUCACCAGCGUAGCACCGGCGCUAACGGGCUCCUCACAACCGCCGCUAUGCUGAGGACCAUCACGGGAGUCGGCCCUUCAUGUCAACGGAUAGUUUCAGGUUUUUUUUUUGUGUUUUUUUUUUAGGAAAAUUGAGCUGAAUUCACUCCCCUCCCCCCCCCCCCCACGACUCAAGGCCCGCAUUCCAUUCCUCGCCGUGGAUUCCUGAGCUCUCGGAAGUUGAUCGCUCUGACAGCGUGCGGAGCCGCCUGCGGCGCGCGUGUGCGGAGCCUCCCCCGCUGAGACGUCCUCACCUUUCUGUUCCUCCAGAACCUCAGCGCUGUCUGGCUUCCCACUGUGACAGACCUGAAUGUCAUUUUCAAGUCAAUUUUAAAUGGUAUAGUCUAAGUAUAUGGCAUACAGUAUAUGUAUAUAUUGCACAUAUAUCGAAGUACUUGCACGCACACGCGCACGCGCACACACACAUGCACACACACACACACGCACACGCACACACCUCAGUAUAUAUUCGAUUUACUCAUGAAGCACACUUUUCCUGUCCUCAUUUUUAUUUUAAGUAAAAACUGCAAUAGCCAUUGACCUGUCACCACACUUGUUCCAUGAAGAUAAAACAAGCAUUGAAGUACUGUGAUAUUUUUCCAUUUUUAUUUUUUGCAACUCUGAGUUUCCGGAAUUUGCUGUUCAUUUGCAUUGAGUAACUGGGUAGUUUUGUUUCUCAUGACUUUGGGUUAAGAAAAUAAUAAACAUGGAAGUUUGCAAGCUAUUAUUGUUUUAAUCCUAAAAAUGACAAGGGCAAAUUUCAAUCUGGUAAAAUAUUAAUUAUAUAACAAUAUAUCAGUCUUUCCCAUCUAUGUCUGAUGUAAUUUCUAGUGAACAAUUACCUGAAUGAUGUGCUGCAUCUAAAAUGAAGACUUGGAGGUGAUGUGUGCAGUACACCACAAGGGGGCAGACUAUGACAAAAGAAAAUGUUUGAUGACAGACCAUCAUGACAAACAAGAAACUACAUGGAAAGCUUUUGAACAAAAGUACUUUACAGGCUUUAUAUAUUCUAUGGUGUACACAAACCACCUGAGAUGGAAUUAAGAUUGCAAAGAAUCACAGAUUAGGAAUAGAUGUUCAGGUAGCAAGGGAACAGUCCUUAUUCCAAGGUAUUAUUUAGUAUUCUUAAACUAUUUCCACAUUUAGCUCACUAAUUGUCAUUUCCCCUCGCCAUUUAUUACUUUGUCAUUAUAUUUUAUUACUUAUUAUGUUUCUCUGAAGCAAAGAGAAUGACAUCAAUUUACUGAUACCACAAUAUUCACCUGGGCAUAAUUCUUAUUCAAGAGUCACAUUUGACUUCCUGUGAGCAGGCAUCUACUGUAAGAUAAUGUCACGCUUUGAGUGAUGGUUUGAAGACUGCAAUUCUCCAGGCUCAUAAUAACGCAUACACUGUGCUGGAUAAACAAAUGGAGAACCUUAUUUAUUGUUUGGACCAGAGGGAAAUAUUUCUGUAUAUAAAUAUUCAGUGCUAAUAUUUUGUGAUACUUGUACAACUUUGAAUUGUUAAAGUAUAUCAGGCGUUAUUAUAUGAUUUAAAUAUUUGGGAAAUUGUGUUUUUUUUGUCUUUUGAAUUUAUUUAAUUGGACUUGAAGAAAAUGUCACAAUGUUAAUCAUCAGCUCGACAGUACGCUCCCUCAGUCUAGUUUAGUGAUCAUUACAUAGCUAUAUUUGGCAUUAUUGCAAGUGCCUUAAAUAAAUGGCAUCCAAAAAUAUCUUAAACGUUCGUUUCAAUGCUGCAUGACAAAGCCAGACACCUCAAAUUGUUGUCCUUUCUUGGCUUGUUGCUUUUUUAUGGUUCAGCUAUUUAUAUGCCUUUUUUCUUACAAUAAAGUGUAACUUUCAAAAUGACACUAAGUGAAACCCCUCAUUUCUGUGGCCUGGACCUGUAAAUCUGUUUGUACGAUGCUGCCUCAUUUCUGUGAAAUGUAAAAACGAUUUGCGCAGAUUAGCUUAAGACAAGGAACUCUUCAUGCUGCUUUUUGGUUAGACGUAGCGGCUUACUUCACUGGGUGGUCUCGCUUGGCAGCGUGUGGCAUGCGGCGAACACAAGACUGCAUUGAUAUGAUUUCCUUACAGGCUCCCGCGAACCUUAAAGCGAGUGGCAAAGGGCCUUAGAUACGGGCAGCCUUACAGAGACCCUACUGCACUCGGUGUGUAAAAGAAGAGCGACAUGCACGUCUUCUAACGCACCAGCUUAUGCAGAAUUUUAAUCAUUAUCGUCAGUUAAUCGCCCCGUCCCCCUUCCCCAAAGAUGAUGACAGGAUGGAUGUCCACAGUAUUGCAGUUCAUGGUUCCUGAGGCUAUCAUCAAAGAGAAGGGAGCGUAGCUACGCUGAAUCAACAGCACUGUAGCAGCAUCACGUCAAACCACUUGUAUAUGCAACCUCCGGUGACUGAAAAAGUUUACUGCCAAAUCUCUCUCUUCACUGCAGUGAUGUAAACCAUGUUGCUGGAAGUAAAAUAAAAAAAAUACUAUUCCGUCACACCGUAAGUGCAACAGAGAAGUUACCAUUUUCAGCAUUCGUAAGCUCCUUGCAGUUCCUCAGUGUUUGUUAUUUUGCUACUUUGAAUUUGUAGUCUUUUUGUUGUGGGUUUUUUCUAAUGGAAACUAAAUGAGUGGUACUGAAUCCGUUGCAGUCAAUGUUGCCUGAAAUAUGUAUUCUGUCAAGUAUACUGCAUUCCCUUUUGUUCUGUAUUUUUAUUGUUACUUUACUUGCCGAGUGCCUAUUGUAAAACUUCACAAAACUUAAAUAAAUACAAGUUACUA